GUAUUCAGCUGUUCGCUGCACUGUAUAAAGACUUGAGAGAGAGAGAGAGAGAGGGAGGGAGAGAGAGAGAGUUGGAAGGGAUGAAGAGGUGCGAACUGUGUAGCAACCCAGCGAGGAUAUACUGCGAAGCAGAUAGAGCGCGUCUGUGCUCCAAUUGCGACGACAAGGUUCACUCUGCAAACUUCCUCGUGGCUAAGCACUCGAGGAACCUCCUCUGCCGCGUCUGUCAAUCCCAAACCCCGUGGAAAGCCUCGGGAACGAAGCUCGGGCCCACGGUCUCCGUCUGCAGCACAUGCUUCGAAAACUCUAGCGGUGAAAAACAGGGGAGAAGAGGAGGUUUGGAGACGGAGGGAAGGCACGAAGGCGAUGAGACCGACGUUGAGUUUGGAGGCGAGGAGUGCAGCGAUGAUGAGGAGGAUGGGGAGUUGAGUGGAAGCAGCGAAGAUGAGGAUGAAGAUGGAGGAGAUAAUCAAGUGGUACCGUGGUCUUUCACUAGCGCGCCGCCGCCUGUAGCGAGUUGUUCAAGUAGUGAAGCGGUGUCCUCGCGUGGUAUUUCCUCCGCCGGUGGUGGUACUGGAGGUGUCUCUGCGUUAAAGCGGACGCGUGGAAAUGCAGAUCUAGACUCUGAAGAUGAGAUUGGAUGCAUUUCGUUGCGAUUCAACCAUAACAUUGCGUCGAUGGCAACAAGCUCCCCAGCAUUAGAGAAUGAUGAAGGAAAUGCCUCAGGCUUCUUCAGAUCAGUGAAGUCUAAAAGACCUAACGAAGCAAUUCGACCAGAAAGAGUCGAAGAGAGGAAUGAAGCGGGGUCAAGGUCGAUGGCGAUGGCCUUAAAUUCGCUAAGGGAACUUCAGCAAAACACUAUAUCCGACAUAAACAACACCUCCGGUGUGGUGCUCGGGGUAUACAGGCUGAGCAAAGAUCCUGCAGUUGUCUGAUUUAGUUGCUCCAUAAAUUAACCUCUAAUUUCUCUAAGCCUAAAUAUUGUUUUAAGUUAUUUCCAAGAGUUUUCCAAUUCCUGUAAAGGAUAAAUAUGCAUGAGGUUGAUUACGAAUAGUAUCAUCUUCCUUGCUUAAUGAAUUCAAGUUCAUUUUUUGAGGUGGAUAAAGAA